UGGACUUCGUUUCUGUUGAUUCAACAUCGCUAUUUCGACCUUAAGAAACUAUAACAGUGACGAAUGUCUGCCAGGUUUGAGAUUCCUCACAGAAAGGAAGCCUAUUCGAGAGGGUAUUCCUUUCCUCCGCUGAAGCCCGGAGUGUUGCGACUCUACAGUAUGCGAUUCUGUCCAUAUGCACAGAGCACACGUCUGGUUCUCGAACACAAACAGAUCCCAUAUGAGACGAUUAACAUUAAUUUAAAGUACAAGCCAGACUGGUUCCUGCAACGAAAUCCUUUGGGUCUUGCUCCAGUUAUAGAAAAAGACGGAAAGAUUGUAUACGAAUCCAUCGUUUGUAACCAGUACCUUGACGACGUGUACCCACAAUCUAGGUUGUCUCCCCUGGAUCCCUAUCUAAAGGCAAGGGACAGAAUUUUGGAAGAAGUUUUCCGCAAGUUCAUCAUGCAGUUUCAUAAACUUGUUUUCUCUCUUGGAAAAAACAAAGAGGCUGGUAAAAAUUUAUGGAAAGUCGCUGAAAACUUCGAAAAUGCUUUAGCGGAAAGGGGACAUUUUUUUGGAGGUGAUAAACUGUGUAUGCUUGACUGCACGGUAUAUCCUUACUUUGAGCGCCUCGGCAUGCUAGAAGUCAUUGCUCCAAACUUUGCAUUUACCGAAGAACGGUUUCCCAACAUCAACGCUUACGUCAAGCGGAUGCAGAACGUCCCUGCUGUCAUGGCAACGAUGGUUGACACCGUAACUCACAUUCAGUUUGGAAUAUCAUUAAUGCAAAAACAACCCAAGUAUGAUUUGGGUUUGGCACCAUCAAAAGCAAACCUCUAACUUUCUAUCUGAGAAAAAAAAAAUAUUCUGAAGACUAUCGAAGGAGCGUCUUCCAUAUUACACCAUAUCAUUGAUGCAUUUACCUUAAUUUGAUACCCAAUAGCCGGUAUAUUUUUCGUGCUGGGGUGUUGUGAAAUAUUCAUUCAUUAUUUCAUUCCAUAUUACACAUAUUUAUUUUAUGUAUCUUAUAUAGCGAAAUUAUACAGUGUUUGUCCAAGUGUUGAAAAUGUUUUGUGUGAUCAUAGUAGCAUUUAAUGGAGUUUGUUUAUACCGUUUUCAUCACCAUGGCGACCACACAUUUGUGGAGUAAAUGCAAUAGAUCUUUUUAACCUUGAUUUUAUCUCAAUUGUCAAACUGUAAA